AUGAGCUCGAACUCUUUUGUAUCGAGUCCGCUGGUGAGAGACUCGAAGUUGCUGAUUCCGAAGCCGAUAAGCUCGAGGCCUUACACUCUCCCAUUCUUCCCGAUAUAUGCCACUUUCGCUCACAUAUACCUGAAACAGUAUGACCGGUACAUCAAGGGUCCCGAGUGGACGUUUGUUUACCUUGGUACCAUUGUCACCUUGAAUCUGUUGGUUUUGCUCAUGCCCGCCUGGAACGUCAAGAUUAAGACCAAAUUCAACUACUCCGAGGUGAAUCACCUCAACGAGGCGUCGCAUGUGUUGAUCUACACCACACCAAAUAACGGUGCUGACGGUAUUGUGGAAAUUCAAAGAGUCAUCGAGGAUGGUGUAUUGCAAACUUACUUCACUUUCCAAAAGAAGAGAUUCUUGUGGGAGGAGAAGGAUCAAUUGUUUUCCAGUCCAAAGUUUACCAUUGAUGAGGACCCGAAGAUCAAGGAUUUCCAACAGUGUCACGGUAACACUGGCGAUCUGGUCCAUUUGAAGAGACUGUACGGUAAAAACUCGUUCGAUAUCCCAAUCCCAAGCUUUUUGGAGCUGUUCAAAGAACAUGCAGUGGCGCCACUUUUCGUGUUCCAACUGUUCUGUGUCGGUCUGUGGUUGAUGGAUGAAUUUUGGUACUACUCCCUGUUCAACUUGUUCAUGAUUGUGUCGAUGGAGGCCGCCUCCGUGUUCCAACGUGUCACCGCUUUGAAAGAGUUCAGAACUAUGGGUAUUAAACCAUACGACAUCAAAGUUUUCAGAAACGGCAAGUGGCUCACUUUGCAAACUGACGAACUUUUGCCAAUGGACUUGGUCUCUGUGCCAAGAACCGCGGAUGAUAGCGCACUACCAUGUGAUUUGAUUCUGGUCGACGGUAGCUGCAUCGUCAACGAGGCCAUGUUAUCCGGUGAAUCCACCCCAUUGUUGAAGGAAUCCAUCAAAUUGCGUCCCGCUGACGACGAAUUGCAAAUCGAUGGUGUUGAUAAGAUCUCCGUUCUGCACGGUGGUACCAAGGCGUUGCAAGUGACACCUCCCGAGGGUAAGUCCAGCAUCCCAUUGCCUCCAGACAAUGGUGCGCUAGCUGUGGUCACCAAAACUGGGUUCGAAACCUCUCAGGGUUCCCUCGUCCGUGUCAUGAUCUACUCUGCUGAACGUGUUUCCGUCGACAACAAGGAGGCCUUGAUGUUCAUUCUGUUCUUGCUGAUGUUCGCUAUUGUCGCAUCGUGGUACGUUUGGAUUGAAGGUACGAAGAUGGGGAGAAUUCAAUCGAAGUUGAUCCUGGACUGUAUUUUGAUCAUUACCUCUGUUGUGCCUCCAGAAUUGCCAAUGGAAUUGACCAUGGCAGUAAACACCUCGUUGGCUGCUCUGUCCAAAUUUUACGUCUACUGUACGGAACCGUUCAGAAUUCCAUUGGCUGGUAGAAUCGAUGUGUGUUGUUUUGACAAGACUGGUACUCUGACCGGUGAAGACUUGGUGUUCGAAGGUUUAGCAGGUUUGUCCGAUGACAAAUCUGACGUCCGUCACUUGUGUGCGGCUAACAACUCUCCAGAGAAGACCAGUCUGGUUAUUGGUGCUGCUCAUGCUUUGGUUAAACUAGAUGAUGGUGAUAUCGUGGGUGAUCCAAUGGAAAAGGCAACUUUGAAGGCGCUUGGCUGGAAUGUCGAGUUCAAAGAUACCACGACAAAAAAAUUACUUGGUAAGGUUCAAAUUCACCGUCGUUUCCAAUUUUCUUCCGCUUUGAAAAGAUCAUCCUCGAUUGCUUUGCAUGACAAAAACUUUUUCGCAGCUGUCAAAGGUGCACCUGAAACAAUCCGUGAAAGAUUGGCUGUUGUCCCUGAAAAUUACGAUACUGUUUACAAAUCGUUUACCCGUUCCGGUUCAAGAGUGUUGGCCCUUGCAUCUAAGAGUCUUCCAAAACUGAAACAUUCUGAGAUUGAAGAUAUUAAGCGUGAGGAAAUAGAACAAGGAUUGGAGUUCAACGGGUUCCUUAUUUUCCACUGUCCUUUGAAGGAUGAUGCUAUUGAAACCAUCAAAAUGCUAAACGAGUCUGCUCAUCGUUCUAUUAUGAUUACAGGUGACAACCCGUUGACUGCUGUGCACGUUGCCAAGGAGGUCGGGAUCGUUGAUGGUGAAACGUUAAUUCUUGAUAGAGUCAGCGAAUCCGAUGACAAACUUCUUUUCCGCAACGUCGAAGAAACCAUCAGCAUGCCUCUGGAUCCAUCUAAAGAUACAUUCGACGGCGCAGAACUGUUUGGCAAAUACGAUAUUGCUGUUACUGGGCAUGCCUUGACCAUCCUAAAGGACCACAAACAAUUGAACGACCUGAUUCGCCAUACCUGGAUUUAUGCACGUGUGUCUCCGUCGCAGAAGGAAUUUAUUUUGAAUACUUUGAAGGAUAUGGGCUAUCAAACUUUGAUGUGCGGUGACGGUACUAACGAUGUUGGUGCUUUGAAACAGGCACAUGUUGGUGUUGCUCUAUUGAAUGGUACUGAGGAAAGUUUGAAGAAAGUUGCUGAUCAACGUAGAAUGGAUAACAUGAAGGAAAUUUACGAAAAGCAAUGUGGCUUCUUUAAGAGAUGGAAUAAGCCACAACCACCUGUCCCUGAACCUAUCGCGCAUCUAUACCCUCCUGGACCAUUCAAUCCCCACUACUUGAAAGCACUUGAAAGUAAAGGUAAUGUGAUUACUGACGAUAUUAGAAAGGCAGUUGCUGAAGCUAUGUCAAAACCUAUUGAGACACCUAGUGCGACUGAGAAGACUCCCGAAAAGCCAUCUGGAGCUGACCUUGCCGAUAUGUUGAUGAGUAGCGGGGUCGAUCAAGGUGGCGACGACACACCAAGUUUGAAACUUGGUGACGCUUCUUGCGCCGCGCCAUUUACCUCCAAGCUGGCUAAAGUUUCUGCUGUUACCAAUAUAAUUCGUCAAGGUCGUUGUGCUUUGAUCAACACGAUUCAAAUGUACAAAAUCCUGGCGUUGAACUGUUUGAUCAGUGCCUACUCGUUAUCGAUCAUCUACAUGGCCGGUGUGAAGUUCGGUGACGGUCAGGCUACCGUUUCUGGUUUGUUGUUGUCCGUUUGUUUCUUGAGUAUUUCUCGUGGUAAACCACUUGAAAAAUUGGCCAAGCAGAGACCACAAAAGGGUAUUUUCAAUGUCUACAUCAUGGGGUCAAUCUUGUCCCAGUUUGUUGUCCACAUCGCCGUCAUGAUUUACAUCACAAACGAGAUUUACUUGUUGGAACCAAGAGAACCUCAAGUCGACUUGGAAAAGAAGUUCACCCCAUCGCUGCUCAACACGGGUAUUUUCAUUCUUCAGUUGGUCCAACAAGUCUCUACUUUCGCGGUGAACUACCAAGGUGAACCGUUUAGAGAAAAUAUCAUGAACAACAAGGGGAUGUAUUACGGUUUGAUUGGUGUCACCACUUUAGCAGUGGUCAGUGCCACUGAAUUCUUCCCCGAGCUGAACGAGGCAAUGAAGUUCGUGCCCAUGGACGAUCUUUUCAAGUUCAAGUUGACGUCUUGUUUAAUCUUCGACUUUGCCGGUAGUUGGGCCUCCGAACAAUUCUUCAAGUACUUCUUCAUGGACGAUAAGCCAAGCGACAUCAGUGAACACAAACUGAAAAUCCAGCUGUAA